GACAGGAGAGCAACUACUGGGACUGCUGGGAUUGUAGUUGUGACAGUAAGACUGGAAAAAGCUGUUUUCUGCUCUGAUCAGGACGCAUGAGAAUCCAGCAUGUGUGCGUUAAGGGUCUCUUUGUGCGUAAAGCUUUGGAGGUUCUCCAAACAUCAGCUAAGAAUGAAGAUUCCCCAGGCGUCUGUGACAUCGACCAGAGACUGCUCCCAAGCUGGAAAUGACAGGAAUCCACUAAGAUGGGAUCUUUCCCCAGAUGAGAUCAGGACCAUGACAGACAGCUUGAUAGCCAGAGUAAAGAAGGUCUACGAUGUUGUUGGAUCUCUGCCCAUUGAAAGCGUAUCAGCUGGAAACACACUGGAAGCCUUGGCUAAUGCUAAGCUGGAUUAUGCAUCAUCGCGCCACGUUCUCGACUUCCCCCAGUUCGUUUGUCCCAAUAAGGAGGUUCGGUCGGCGAGCACAGAGGCAGACAAGAAACUGUCCGAGUUUGACGUAGAGAUCAGCAUGAGAGAAGACGUGUUUGAACGUUUGAUAGCCUUGCAGAAAAAGUUUGAAGACACUCCUGCAUCUGAAGAAAAGAGAUUGUUAGACAGAUUGGUUAGAUUAGGCCAGAGGAAAGGACUGCACCUAUCUAAAGAGAUUCAGCAGGAAGUAAAAGAAACCUCCAAACUGAUCAGUGAGCUCUCCAUAGAGUUUAACAGGAAUCUGAAUGAGGACAACACCUUCCUCGUUUUUUCUGAGCAUGAAUUAGGAGGACUUGCUGAUAGCUAUUUAAAUGGUCUAGAGAGGACAGCAGAGGGGAAGUAUAAAGUGACGCUGGAGUAUCCGCAUUACUACCCCCUGAUGAAAAGGUGUCAUAAUCCUGAGACCCGGAGGAAGAUGGAAACAGCAUUUCACAGCAGGUGCAAACAGGCAAACACAUUGAUCCUUGAGCAGCUAAUCCAACUGAGGGCAAAGGUGGCAGACUUACUGGGUUACAGCAGCCACGCAAACUAUGUGCUGGAGAUUAACAUGGCUAAAAAUGCAAGAAACGUGUCGGACUUUAUAGAUGCAUUCUAUGAGAGAUUAAAGCCCAUCGGAGACAAAGAAAGAAAGUACAUCCUUGCAUUGAAGAAGAGGGAGUGCUUGAUGAAGGGCUACCAGUUUGAUGGGCGGAUCAAUGCCUGGGAUUUGCCCUACUACAUGAACCAAGUGGAGCAGUGCAAGUUUGCUGUAAACAAGGACAAACUGAUUGAGUAUUUCCCCCUGGAGGUGGUGACAGAAGGGAUGUUUAGUAUCUACCAGGAGCUGCUGGGCCUCACCUUCCAAGAGGUUGAGUGUGCUCAAGUCUGGCACGAAGAUGUUAAGCUUUACUCAGCCCGUGACGCUGAGACGGAGGCAGAAAUCGGACAAUUCUACCUGGACCUGCAUCCAAGGGAAGGGAAAUAUGGCCACGCUGCUUGCUUUGGCCUCCUGCCAGGCUGCAGAGGGCCUGAUGGAAAACGCAGACUUCCAGUGGCCGCUAUGGUGGCCAACUUUACAAAGCCCAGAAAAGGCUGGCCCUCUCUCCUCCAGCACCAUGAGGUGGAGACGUAUUUCCAUGAGUUUGGUCAUGUGAUGCAUGAGCUCUGCUCUAAGACCACUUUCUCAGAGUUUAGUGGUACUCUGGUGGAAACAGACUUUGUGGAAGUGCCGUCCCAGAUGCUGGAGAACUGGGUUUGGGAAAAGGAGCCUCUGCGAAGGAUGUCCGGUCACUACAAGGAUGGGACGCCAGUCCCGGAGGAUUUGCUGGACAAACUGAUUGCAUCCAGAGUGGCAAACACAGGUCUGAUGAACCUGCGGCAGGUCGUCCUCAGUAAAGUGGACCAGGUUCUUCACUCCUGUCCAAGUGCAGAUACUGCUGAGGUGUUUGCACAGCACUGCCAGGACAUCCUUGGUGUUCCUGCCACACCUGGCACCAACAUGACAGCCAGUUUCAGCCACUUGGCAGGAGGAUACGAUGGUCAGUACUACAGCUAUCUGUGGAGUGAAGUCUACUCUAUGGACAUUUUUUUUAGUCGUUUUAAAAAGGAAGGCAUUAUGAACCCAAAGGUUGGAAAGGAGUACAGAAAGGUGAUACUAGAAGCUGGAGGCUCUGUGGACGGGAUGGACAUGCUGAGGACCUUUCUCGGACGCGAACCACGCCAGGAUGCUUUCUUUCAAUGCAAAGGACUGAUUACGGCCCCAGAAACAAAAACUUUAUAAAUAAAAAAAAUAAACCUUGGUGGACCAACACCAGCUGAUGACAUGCCACCACAAACCAUCACUGAAUCGGGACUUCAAGCAGCAGUUGAUUAUGUCCGUCCUCUCUUUCUGCAGAUUCUAACCAAAUACCUGCCUUGACUACAAAAUACUUUUAAUUUUGUUUAGACAACUAAAUCAACAAUUUAGCUCUUGCACUCCUUAUCCCAAAUAAGACGAUGCACUAAUUUAUUUAUUAUGAUUUAUUUAUGCAAAAACUGAGGCCCAACCAAGAAAUAGAGUACAUAGAACUGUUCUUAUUUCUCAAAGUCUGAUAUUUCAGUUUAAAAUAUAAUUUUAGAUUCAUAUUCUACUCCUGAGUCUAAGAGAAUGAUUUUUGAUGUUCAGAAAAUGAUCCGAAAAUAAAGGUU